AUGGUGAGCCAGCUUGUUUGGCAGCGGGCUGCCUCUCGCGGGCUGGCAGCACGCCUGUCCCGACCCUUGACCCGUGGCUUGGCCACCGAGGCUUCGUCGUCGCGCAUGCCGCCGUAUCCCAAGAUCGUCCGCAACCUCGAGCAGGUCCGUAAAGUCCUGGGCUCUGAGCGCGCCCUCACCCUGGCCGAGAAGAUCUUUUACGCGCACCUGGCCAACCCGGAGGACUCGCUGCUCACCGGCACCAACAAUGGCCGCGAUAUUCGGGGCACGGCCAAUCUAAAGCUGAAGCCCGACCGUGUGGCCAUGCAGGAUGCCUCGGCGCAGAUGGCUCUCCUGCAAUUUAUGUCAUGCGGUCUGCCGUCGACCGCGGUUCCUGCCAGCAUUCACUGCGACCACAUGAUUGUUGGAGAGCGCGGUGCCGACACUGAUCUACCGGAGUCGAUAAAGGGCAACAGCGAGGUGUUUGAUUUCCUCGAGAGUGCGGCGAAGCGCUAUGGUAUUGAGUUUUGGCCCCCCGGUGCGGGCAUCAUUCACCAGAGCGUACUGGAGAACUAUGCCGCUCCCGGACUGAUGAUGCUGGGUACCGACAGCCACACCCCCAACGGAGGUGGUCUGGGUGCGAUUGCGAUUGGUGUGGGUGGCGCGGACGCUGUCGAUGCGCUCGUCGAUGCCCCGUGGGAGCUGAAGGCACCGCGCGUCCUGGGUGUGCGACUGGAAGGCCAAUUGAGCGGCUGGGCGUCGCCCAAGGAUAUUAUCCUGAACCUCGCUGGCCAGCUGACUGUCCGCGGUGGCACAGGGUUUGUCAUUGAAUACCACGGACCGGGUGUGGAAACGCUGAGUUGCACAGGCAUGGCAACCUGCUGCAACAUGGGUGCCGAGGUGGGUGCCACCACUUCGGUCUUCCCGUUCUCACCGAAAAUGGUGCCGUACCUGCAGGCCACGCACCGUGGCCACGUCGCCGAGGCCGCCGCAGAGAUUGCCUCCUCGGGUCCGCAAAACCUGCUGCGUGCCGACACCAAGGCCGAGUAUGACCAGCUGAUCACGAUCGACCUGUCGAAGCUGGAGCCACACAUUAACGGGCCGUUUACGCCCGACUUCUCGGUUCCGCUAUCGAAGUUUGCCGACACUGUGCGCGAGAAGCAAUGGCCCGAGACUUUCGGGGCGGGUCUCAUCGGUAGCUGCACCAACUCCUCGUAUGAGGACAUGACCCGGGCGGAACAUCUGGUCAAGCAGGCCUCGGCUGCAGGGCUCAAGCCCAAGGCUGAUUUCUUCAUCACCCCUGGUAGCGAGCAGAUCCGGGCUACCCUUGACCGCGACCAGACCCUCAACACUUUCUCGGAAGCCGGUGGCACUGUGCUGGCCAACGCCUGUGGGCCCUGCAUUGGCCAGUGGAAGCGCACUGACGGCGUUCCCAAGGGCGAAGACAACGCCAUUUUUACCUCGUACAACCGCAACUUCCCCGGCCGCAACGACGGUAACCGCCGCACCAUGAACUUCUUAGCUUCUCCCGAGGUCGUCACAGCCCUUGCUUACUCUGGGAGCACCACCUUCAACCCUAUGACCGAUUCUCUGCCCACCCCCAAUGGUGAGACCUUCCAGUUCCAGCCGCCUCAUGGCUCCCAAUUGCCCGGCGCUGGCUUCGAGGCUGGCAACCCCAAGUUUCAGCCCACGGCCGCUGUUCCGGACGCCAGCUGCGACGUGAUUGUGUCGCCGACAUCGGACCGCCUGGCACUGUUGGAGCCGUUCGCUCCGUUCCCUCGGGGCGAUCUGUCGGGCCUGCAGGUGCUGUACAAAGUCAAGGGCCAGUGUACGACGGACACAAUUUCUGCGGCCGGUCCCUGGCUGAAGUACAAGGGCCACCUGCCCAACAUCUCGGCGAACACGCUGAUCGGGGCCGUCAACGCGGCCACCGGCGAGACUAAUGUGGCCUAUGACGAAAACGGUGCGUCGCACUCGAUCCCCGAACUCGCCGAGCAGUGGAAGGGCAGCGGCCGCGAGUGGCUGGUCGUCGCCGAGGACAACUACGGCGAGGGCUCCGCGCGCGAACACGCCGCGCUGCAGCCCCGAUACCUGGGCGGCCGGGUGAUUGUCACCAAGAGCUUCGCCCGUAUCCACGAGACCAACCUGAAGAAGCAGGGUGUGGUGCCUCUGACGUUUGCCAACCGCGAGGACUACGACCGCAUCGACGCCUGUGAUCGCGUCGACACUGUUGGUCUUUACGACGUCCUCAAGGCCGGUGGCCAGGGCGAAGUGAAGCUCCGCGUCACCAAGCACAAGACCGGCGAGUCCUUUGAGAUCCCGGUCCAGCACACCCUUAGCAAGGACCAGUGCGGGUUCAUCUUGGCGGGCAGUGCAUUGAACCUGCUGGCUGGCAAGGCCAACUCUCAGUAA